AUGACUAUCCACUACAUCAGCGGCGAAGAAUCUGGCCUCUUCCGGCCUCUGGAUAUUUCCAAUGGCUCCCUCACUCUCCGCCACCGUAUCAUCCAUGCGCCUCUGACCCGUAACCGCGGGGUGCCUUUGAACCCUAUCAGUACUCCCGAGAAUCCUAAUCGUAUCUGGGUUCCUGGCGACCUCAUUGCCGACUACUAUAGCCAGCGUGCCACUGAGGGUGGUCUUCUCAUCUCUGAGGGAAUUCCACCUUCACUCGAGAGCAAUGGCAUGCCUGGUGUGCCUGGACUUUUCACUCCCGAACAGGCCAAUGGCUGGAAGAAAGUCGUUGAAGCCGUGCACGCAAAGGGGGGCUUCAUUUUCUGUCAAUUGUGGCAUGCUGGCCGUGCGACAAUUCCCCAGAUGACUGGAUCGCCCGCUGUCUGCCCCUCAGCCAGCGUGUGGGACUCUCCCACGGAAUGUUUUUCCCAUCCUCCCGUGGGAUCCACUGAGCCCGUCCCAUACGCCAAUCAUCCGCCUAUUGAAAUGUCCGUGGCGCAUAUCAAGCAGACCAUUCAAGACUAUUGCAAAGCAGCCAAGACAGCUAUGGAAAUUGGCUUCGAUGGCGUGGAGAUCCAUGGCGGAAAUGGAUACCUCCCUGAGCAAUUCCUUAGCUCGAAUGUCAACAAGCGGACCGAUGACUAUGGUGGUUCUCCUGAGAAGCGUUGCCAAUUUGUCUUCGAGUUGAUGGCCGAGGUUGCGAAGACCAUUGGCGAGCAGAACUUGGCAAUUCGCCUUUCGCCUUUCGGUCUGUUCAACCAGGCUCGCGGAGAGCAACGUCUUGAAACCUGGACUCAUCUUUGCGAGGGUCUGAAGAAGGAUCACCCUGCCCUUUCUUACGUGAGCUUCGUUGAGCCGCGCUUUGAGCAAAUCUUCAGUGAAGAAGAGAAGGACACCUUCCUCCAGAGCUGGGGACUGAAGGAUGUGACUCUUGAUCGGUUCCGCAAGAUCUUUGGCUCCACCCCUUUCUUCUCCGCUGGAGGCUUCGAUGAUACCAAUUCGUGGGGUAUUGUGGAAUCCAGAAAGUAUGACGGACUUCUUUACGGCCGUUACUUUAUCAGUAACCCAGAUCUGGUGCACCGUCUGGCCAAGGGGCUGCCUUUGACACCUUAUGAUCGCACUCGCUUCUACGGGCCGUUUGAAGACAAUGUCUUCCACUACACGGACUACCCGACUGUUGGUAAGCAAUAG